CCGCCGCCGCCGACGGCUUCGCGCUGCCCGGGGGCCGGGGGUGCGCGAGACUCUCGUGUGCGGGGCGAAGCGUGUGCCUCCGCAGCCCAAGGCGCGGAAUAGGGACGCCCUGGCCUCGGGGCCAUUGUCCCUCGCUUUAUUUUUGUUGUCGCGAGCGCUGUCCGCCCGGGAGGCGCCCCGUGACUGGCGCGAUGAGUGCCAACGAGGACCAGGAGAUGGAACUGGAGGCAUUACGUUCUAUUUAUGAAGGAGAUGAAAGUUUCCGGGAAUUAAGUCCAGUUUCAUUUCAAUAUAGGAUAGGUGAAAACGGUGAUCCCAAAGCCUUCCUAAUAGAGAUUUCCUGGACAGAGACCUAUCCCCAGACACCUCCAAUCAUAACUAUGAACGCCUUUUUUAACAACACCAUAUCGUCAGCUGUGAAGCAGAGCAUAUUAGCCAAGCUACAGGAAGCAGUGGAAGUCAAUCUCGGGACGGCCAUGACCUACACGUUGUUUGACUAUGCCAAGGACAAUAAAGAGCAGUUCAUGGAGAAUCACCAUCCCGUUCAUUCUGCCACAUGCAUAAGCAACAUCAUCUCAGUCGAAACUCCUAACACAGCCCCAUCAAGUAAGAAAAAAGACAGAAAAGAACAACUUUCAAAAGCCCAGAAACGUAAGCUGGCAGAUAAGACAGAUCACAAAGGAGAACUUCCCGGAGGUUGGAACUGGGUUGAUGUGGUGAAGCAUUUAAGCAAAACCGGCUCUAAAGAUGAUGAAUAGUGCUUGGAAUUUGAGACGAGGGAAGAGCAUCCUUUAAAAAGUAACCUGGGUUCAAAAUCUUUCAUUACUCUUUUCUGGUAUUGAGGUGACUUUUUAUAAAACAACUUUUUUGUAUGUUUCUUACGUAAAAAAAAUGUUUUAAGCGGAAAGUUCAUGAAGAGAUCUGGUUGUAUUAAAUUAUUUUCACAAACUUGCCUUAAUAAAAGGU